AUGAAAGCAUUCGCCCUUGCCGCCGUGGGGCUCGUCGCGUUGACUGUGCCCACUACCUCAGCAACGAGCAUCAAGAUCAAUACCAAUUCAAAGCUGCAGCGCAUUGAUGGCUUUGGUUUUUCUCAGGCAUUUGGGCGAGCUUCUCAAUUCCAGGCUGCAGAACCUGAAAUGCGAAAGAAAGCACUUGACCUUCUCUUUGACACAAAAACAGGUGCAGGAUUCAGUAUCAUCCGAAAUUGGAUCCCAUCUACUACUGCGCUCUCCAUUGAGCCAAACAGCCCUGGGUUGGCCUCUAAUAAACCCAAUUACACGUGGGAUGGCGAUGACGAGGGCCAAAUUUGGUUCACUAAACAAGCUGUUAGCUAUGGUGUUAAAACUAUUUAUGCGGACGCAUGGAGUGCACCUGGUUAUAUGAAGACUAACGGAGAUGAGGCCACACCUGGGUAUCUUUGUGGAUCAACUGGCCACACUUGCUCCACUGGUGACUGGAGGCAAGCUUUCGCCAACUAUCUUGUUCAAUACGUCAAGUUCUACAAGCAAGAAGGCCUUGACAUCACUCAUCUUGGAUUCUUAAACGAACCAGAUUACAUUGCUAGCUACUCGCAGAUGCAGAUUAGUCCCAGCGCACAGGAGGCUAUCUCCUUCAUCCCGACCCUAUACGAGACAGUAAAGCGCGAACACUUGGAUCUUCGACUUACCUGCUGUGAUGCGACGGGUUGGGACACACAAGCCAAUUAUACCAAUUACCUAAUGGCUGCCGGAAUGCAGAAGUACCUCGACAUUAUAUCCUCUCAUAUGUAUUCAAGCGACGCUACGUUUCCACUAAAGACGAACCUGCCAACCUGGCUCACAGAAGCAGGUGUUGAGACGAGCUCUGCCCCAUUUACUACUACGUGGUAUGACGAUGGUGCUCUGAACGAAGGCAUGACAUGGGCAAGCAAACUUGCGACAGGAUUUGUCGAUGCUGGACUUUCUGCAUAUUUGUUCUGGGAGGGCUUUGAGAUUAGUCAGAACCAGUCCGCAAGCCAUCUCGUCGAUGUUCUUGGACAGGAUCCCGAGCCCUCCAGCAUUUACUAUGCGUUCACCAUGUGGUCCCGAUUCAUUCGCCCUGGUGCGAAUCGCGUUGCCGUCAGCGGUGCUUUACCAAAUGUGAUUACCGCAGCGUUCCAGAAUACUGACAAAUCUGUCAUUGUCAUUUUUACCAACAGUGGUAAUUCGUCACAACUUGCCGAUGUUGCUAUUCCUACUGGGAAGAAAUCAAGUGCGCAAGUGUGGUUGACUGAUAACAAUCACAGGGUACAUGAGACCAACUUUAAGCGACAGAGCUCGUCUAUUGAGGUUGCAGUUCCUCCCAAUAGCGUAGUCACCGUCAAAUUCACUUCGCGAUGA